UCUUUUAUCGACUUGUCCGCCCACAAAACAAUAAAGAAAACCCUAAAGCUCUCUCUUAGCCUCUCAGUAACGAACGCUUCAACACACUCUCCGAUGGCGAAGAAGGUUCUCAACCCUUUGGAAGAUCCACCAACCGCUUCUUCAAGCGGCGAGGAAGAAGUCGAGACCUCAUCUGGCGAAGAAGAUGUAGAACAGAUCUCUAAUUCCUCCUCCUCCGAAGAAAACGAUCCCAAAGAUCUCGCCACCUCUAAAACCCUCAAAACUCCCCCAGACACUGCUUCAAGUACCGAGUCUGAGGGUUCUGAGUCCGAAUCUGAACCAUCACCAGAGAAGACUGUCGCCGUCGUCACCUCCAAGCCCAAGAAGAAGGAAGGUAACGAAUCUACUGCGGCGAAACCAGGGAAGAAACGAGGAAGUGAAGCAGAGACGACCUCGAAGGACAUGCAUGUCAAAAAGGCCAAGAAGGUUUCAGGAGACGAUGAGAAAAAGCCUUUCCAGAGACUAUGGAGUGAAGAUGAUGAGACCUCCCUUUUACAAGGGAUGAUUGAUUUCAAAGCUGAGAAAGGUACAAGUCCUUAUGAUGAUAUGAAUGGGUUUUUUGAUAUGGCCAAGAACAACAUUAGCUUUGAUGUUAGCAAAAUCCAAUUCGGUGACAAGAUUAGAUCUUUGAAAAAGAAGUAUUUUGCUAUACAGAAGAAAGGUGGUUUAGAAUCGUCUCAUGAUAAGAAGUGUUUGGGAUUAGCUAAGUAUAUUUGGGGUUCUGAUGGUAUGGCUCUUGAAUCUGCUGUUAAGUUGGCUAAUGGGAAAUUGAAAUCUGGUGGUGAUAAUGUUGGAGAAGACAAGGAAGUGGUGAGUUUGUUUGAGAAGUCUUUUCUGGUUCGGACCAUUGCGGGUCUUGGUGUGGAUGCGUUUUCUGUGAAAGAGAAGUGGAGUAAGGUGUCGGUGGAGACUAAGAAAAGGAUUGAAGAGAAGUUGAAGUUGGUGGAGGCCAAGGAAUAUGAGUUGUUGAGGUUGAAGAGUGACACUUUGAAGGAGGUGGCCUAUGUGAUGACUCGAGGCAUAUAAAGAAGAAGCAAGUUGGAUGUGUAUAGGUUUUAGCGGUUUUAAUCGCAGGUUUAAUGGAGAUGAUGCAAUGCCUCUUUUUGUUUAUCUAUCUAUCUACGUUUCUGUUUUGUAAGUCGUUUGGAUUCGUAUGUGAUGAUUAAAUUAAGAAGAAGAAGAAGAAGACAAAUUAGUUAUCUAAUUAGUCUUUUGGUCGACGAGCAAAGACUAUAUAUGUAAGCUUUGCAUUUUUAACUCGUUUGUAAUGAGCGAAGACUAUAUAUGCUUUGCUUUGCUUUUUUCUA